AAUUCCCAAUCCUUACACCCCUGACCUGACGAAGAAUCUGAUUGUGACCUGAGGAAGCUUUUAAAGGACCCCAACGGGCACCUGCGCACAGGGAAAAAAAAAAAAAAAAAUGCGCACACAGUCAGGCACAGCAAGCGAGGCACGGCGGAGGAAACACGUGAGAAGCUGAGAGGCGCCACACGGAGGUUGAUUGAACCACACUGAACUGAAUCGAACAGCAGCAAGAUGGAACACAACUGGCGAAACCAGAGAGGAAGGAGAGCUGGUGAACGUUCUCCCUGGCAAAGUAAUUCUCGUAACCGCACUAACAAUGAGACUUAUUCAGACUCAAGUUCAAGUCAAGCUCGAUUUGGAAACAGAAAUAGACCAUCAGGACAGAACUGGGAAUGCUCCUCUUGCAGGUUCUCCAACUUUUCCACUCGAACUGCUUGUUUCAAAUGCAGGACACCCAAGGGGGAGAGCAGCAGUUUUGCCGGAGAGUACAUAACUUCUUGGAAAAAUUCAGGUGAUGACUCCUCUGAAGAACUUAUAGACUGGGAUAGUUUUCAGAUGGACAAUAUAAAAUAUGAAGCAGCUCGAAUGGCCAAUCUUCCUCCUCUUGAGAAAAAUGUCUACUUUGAAGAUCCUGACGUCAAAGCUAUGAGUCGUGAUGAAGUGGAAAGGUUUAGACAGGAAAAUUUUGACAUGAAGGUUUAUGUUGAUCGUGGGAGUGAACUGCAAAUUCCAAAUCCAGUGCAAACCUUUGUACAAGCUUUCAGGUCAUACCCAGCAAUUCUGAGAGAAAUAGCACAACAAGGUUUUGAGAAACCAUCGCCCAUACAGUGUCAAUCUUGGCCAAUACUCAUGCAGGGACUUGACAUGAUUGGAAUAGCUCAGACAGGAACAGGAAAGACUUUGGCUUUCAUCCUGCCAGCACUACUUCACAUAGUGGCUCAGCCAACACCUCGCAACAAGCGUGUUGGACCCACUUGUCUUGUCCUUGCACCUACACGAGAACUGGCUCAACAAAUUGAAAAGGAAGUAUCAAAGUACUCUUAUGACAAUAUUAAAUGUGUAUGCGUGUAUGGCCAAGGAGACAAGCGGACCCAAGUACAUAAGAUCAGAGGCAAAGCAGAGAUUGUGGUGGCCACUCCUGGGAGGCUGAAUGAUUUUACCUCCACUGGUAUUAUUGAUUUGAGUGGCGUGUCCUACCUGGUGCUUGAUGAAGCUGACCGCAUGUUGGACAUGGGUUUUGAGCCACAGAUAAGAAAGGCAGUGCUCAUCACUCGCCCUGAUCGUCAGACUGUCAUGACCAGUGCCACUUGGCCAGAAGGUGUACGGGACUUGGCCAGCAAGUUGAUGAAAGAACCAAUAACAGUGGUGGUUGGUAGUCUGGACCUGAAGGCUGUUCACACAGUGACACAGAAGAUUUUGAUAUGUGAUGAGGACAAUAAGAAGGAAGAACUUAUAAAGUUCAUUACUGGCUUGGGCAAUAAAGAGAAAGCAAUCGUGUUUGUUGGGAGGAAGUCCAUGGUGGAUUUCCUGUCUGUGGCAAUGUUAGAAGAAGGCUUGAAUGUUUGCAUUAUGCAUGGUGACAUCUGCCAGCAUGACCGAGAGCAAGCCCUUCGAGACCUGAAAUCUGGUAAAUCCAGAGUUCUCAUUGCCACUGAUGUUGCUUCAAGGGGCAUUGAUGUCAAUGAUGUAACACACAUUUUCAAUUUCGACUGCCCGCGAGACAUGGAGGAGUAUGUGCAUCGAGUGGGCCGCACUGGACGUGCUGGUCGAUCUGGUUCAGCCAUCACACUGUUUACACGCAAUGACUGGGCUAGAGCUGAGAAACUAAUCGAUAUCCUUGAGAAGUCAAAUCAGGAUGUACCAAGAGCUCUAGUGCGCAUGAUGGAACGCUGGAAGGAAGCUCAGGCCAGGAGGAGCCAGGCCCCAAGAACCUACCGCUUUUAGGAAACCGAAGUGGUACAGUAGAAUGUGAUUGUGGCUUCCCUGUCCCCCACCCACCUUUCCUGACCCUCUCCCCACCAAAAAAAGGAAAAACAUUUGAAAACCCCUAUGUUAUGAAUAAGACACAUUGGUACUUUAUUUGAUAUUUAAUGAUAAUUUUUGAGGGAACUAAUUUCAUACAUAAACAUAUGCAAGUUAACUUUUUUUUUUUUUUUUUUUUUUGUGUGUGUGUGUGUGUGUGUGUGUGUGUGAGAAUGAGCAAAAUAUAAAUAGAUACGAUAAAAAUGAAGUGAAUGGGUUUACAAACUGUAAAGUUUCAUACAAGUACAGAAAGGUAGCAAUAAUAUCCUGAGGUAUUUGUAACAUUUCAUGAAAAGCAUCACAAUGUUUUGAAAUUUUAUACUUAAAGAAAUAGAGGACAAAAGUAAAUUUUGAUAUCCAAAUGUUAUUAUACUGAAGAGUUAUCUUUUACAUUGAAACUAAGAAUGUAAAACUGAUGAAUAACCUUAAUGUUAAAAUAAAAAAUGUCUAGAUUAUUUAUAACUCUAAACUUGGUAGCAGAUGAUCUAUAUUAUUUUCAUAAGCUACUAUACUACAAUAAUUUGUGUUUUGCAAAUACUGAUUUAUUGUAAAUGCUCCUUCCUUUUCUUAAUGAUAAAAGUAAAUAUCUUGUAGGCAGUACUUUGUUUAGGACAACUGAGUGUACAAUGGAAGGAAAGGGUAUAAAGGAAAAGUGUGGAAGGAAAAUAGUGAAUUGGUAAAUUUUUUGAUAGGCAAACUGCAUAUUAAAAAUUUCCAUUCCUUGUCCAUCCAUGUUAAUAUUCAACGGGGUUAAAUGAUAACUUGCUAAAGUAAAAAAAAAUAAUAAAUAAAUAAAAUAAAUGAAAAAAAAAAGACUACAUUAUUUAUAACUCUAAAGUUGGCUCCUCUGUUUUAGUUCAGAUUCAGAUGCAGGAGAGUGAGUUAUUCUUAAAAUUAUCAUAAUGGUAACUUUGAUAGGUAUGGGAUGACGGGAAUGGAAGUGAUCUUUAUGGAGUGAAAUGUACAGGCAAAUAACCUGAGAUGGUAGACCUGUGCAAAUAGUCAAGGCAAACUUUGAGAAUGUUUGUCUAAAAGUGAGUACACAAGAGAGAGAUUUAAAUGUGGGGAAGGUAGAACAAUAUGCUAAGGAGACAAAGAGAAAAGUAAUAAAGUGUGCAUGAAAGAGCAACAUAUAUGAACAUUUUUGCAACAAUCAUUAAUUACACAUAAAAGAUUAAAAUUAAUUUACUUAGUAGAGCUAAUCCCAUCACAUUAUAUGUGUGGUUGGAUUAUUACAUUACUCUGAUCAUCAAUAUCAUCUAUUUCCACCAAUAUGCACAAGUCUUCUUCUACUUCAUUAGGAAGAAAUAUAUCUGACUCCUCUAAUACUAUUUUUUCAUCACUUUGUACAAGUUCUUGGCCAAGAUCACUAUUUCUGUCAUCUUCACCACAUAAAACAGCUGUUCUCACUUUCUCUGCAUCUACUCUGUCCUCACUGUGCCCAUGUUUAAGGUGUCGCAUCAAGAGUAUAUUUCUUCCAAAUAUUUUUCCACAUUCAUUACAUCUAUGUAUACUUUUGUGCAAAUUCAAAUGUGUAUUCAAGCUACUUUUCUGAGUAAAACAUUUACCACAUUCUUCA